CCCCAAACAGAACAUGACUCGUUUUGAUUGAAGUUUAUAUUGAUCUCUUUAUUAUUUUAUUUGUCAGCAUUGAAGACAUCAUGAUGGGCAUUCACAUCAGAUCUACUUUGCCAGUUUUGGUUCUGUUGUUCUUGCAUCUGGCAGCAGGGCAAGAUGAACUGAUUGUCUCCACUGACAAAGGCAAAGUCAGAGGAAUGAGGCUUCCUGUCCCGGGUGGUUCAGAGAAUGUGGUGACCUUCCUGGGGAUCCCCUAUGCCAAGCCUCCAUUGGACCUGCUUCGCUUCAGACGACCAGAGCCUGCUGAGGUGUGGAACGGAAUACGAGAUGCCACACGGUACUCCAAUUCAUGCUUCCAGGAUCAGGAUACAUUGUACCCAGGAUUCCCUGGAGCUGAGAUGUGGAAUCCUAACACCAGAAUUAGCGAAGACUGCCUGUACCUCAAUGUUUGGACUCCUUCAACCGUUUUCCAGAACAGAGCCAAACCCUUAGUCCCAGUUAUGGUGUGGAUCUAUGGUGGAGGCUUUUCCACAGGUACUGCAUCCCUGGACGUGUACGAUGGGCGUUUCCUCAGCCAUUUGCAACAUGUGGUGGUGGUAUCCAUGAACUAUCGAGUAGGAGCAUUGGGCUUCCUAUCUCUACCUGAAAGUAAGAGCAUUAAAGGUAAUGCUGGUCUAUUUGACCAGCGCCUGGCUCUCAGCUGGAUGUCAAGGAACAUUGAUGCAUUUGGGGGUGAUCCAUCUUCUGUAACCUUGUUUGGGGAGAGUGCUGGUGCUGGCUCUGUGGGACACCAUUUGCUUUCACAGGGCAGCCAUGGACUAUUCACCCGCGCAAUUCUCCAGAGUGGCAGUCCCAAUGCUGUGUGGGCGGCAGUGGAGCCAGCUCAGGCCUGGAACCGUGCCUUGACUCUGGCUCAGCUUCUGAACUGCCCACUUGGACCAUCUGCUGAUGAAAUGGAGGCUUGCUUAAGGGCAGUUGAACCUGAGAAGAUAGUCAGUCUUCAAUUCGAUGUCAUUUCUGAUCCCAUGAUAAUAAGUGUGCCUUUUCCGCCAACAGUGGAUGGAGAAUUUCUUGUGGACAUGCCGAGUGUUUUAAUCCAGUCGGGGCGUUUUCUGAAAACUGAACUACUUUUGGGAUUGAACAGGGAUGAAGGGACUUACUUCCUUGUUUAUGGCGCACCUGGAUUUGGCAUCCAUAACCAGAGUCUUAUCAAUCGAGACCAGUUCUUCACAGGUGUAUCCUUGGGCCUCCCUGGUUUCAGUGACAUAGCCAGAGAGGCGGCUGCUUUUCAGUAUACUGAUUGGACAGAUGAGCUGAGCAAGCCAAAAAACAGAGAGGCCCUAGGCUGGUUGGUGGGCGACUGCUAUUUUUCAUGCCCCUUACUGGAUUUUGCCCGUAGGUAUGUCGAGAAUGGUGGCAGUGCCCGAUUGUUCCUCUUUAACCAUCGCUCCAGCUUCAACCCCUGGCCUCGGUGGAUGGGUGUAAUGCAUGGGGAUGAGAUCCCAUUUGUUUUUGGGAUUCCUUUGAACCAGACCUUUGGAUUCUCUAAGGAGGAGGAAGCCCUGAGCAGGAGGAUCAUGGAGCACUGGAGUAACUUUGCUAGAAGUGGGGAUCCGAGCGUGGAGGGAGCGGAUUGGCCGCCGUUCACGCUGGAACAUCAGCAGUACGUCACGCUUAACACUGGCCUGUCACAAACACUCCGGAUGCUUCGAGCCCAGCAGUGCAAGUUCUGGGACAGUUUCCUGCCAAAACUGCAGUAUGUCACAGCGAGUAUUGAUGAAGUGGAGUUCCAGUGGAAGUCUCAGUUCCACCGCUGGCUUUCUUACAUGCUGGACUGGAAGAAUCAAUUUAACGACUAUGCCUCUGUCAGAAAGCAACAGUGUGAAAACCUUUAAUGUUUGACCACAUUUUAUUCUAAAAAAGCCCAUGCAGUGCACUUUACUACUUCACAAAGCUUCAGAAAGCCAAAGCCCAUACACAUGGAUGGAGGAAAGCGCUUCUGUGGUUUCUGUAUCUUCACAACUUGGUGCCUUUUUGCUUCCUCUGGGCCUUGUCUGGCAAAUAAUUGCUAUUUUGGAACUCAAAAAAGGGUCCUUCUUGAGGUACUUGGGUAAGUUUGUUUAAGUGAUGCAAGAACAUGUCCAAGUCACUCCAGUAUAU